AUUAUUGGAGAGGAGAGCAGAGCAGAGGAGAGGAGUGGGAGGGAUACAGUGAGAGAACAGAAAGAAACAGCAGUCCCUCUACAGGAAACCGGACAGAGCCUGGGGAAGGAGUGAAUGGAUCGAUGCUCAUGUAAAAGAAAAGAAAAAGAGGCUUGACUCUGGAAAUAGAUUUAGUGUUCCAGUUUUUUUUUUCUCCACCACAACAGACUGAGUGUGUGUAGCAAAUGGAGAAAGUCAACAGGAAAGUUUGACGUUCAUUCAACUGAAACAGAGUGGAAAGAAGUGUGAAACAUACUGCUUCAUGAUGGAGGAGAGUUUACUCGGGAAGAUGCAGGGAAUCCCAGCAGCCGACCUCUCAUCCUCACUCUUACAGUAUUCCUGUGGAUCAUUGGAUUUGGUGUUGAAAAAGAAAACCUCUCCUCUUCCCAGAUCAUGUCACAACCACGUUGUUGGGAAGCCCUGCCACGAUCCCUCAGCUGCACAGAGAAAGCCAACAUCACUGAGACCUCAAGUGCCCCCUAAGCCCACUAAGCUGCUUGCUUUGCGGCAGGACAAGCGACCACAGCAAAUCCCUCCAGCGCCUUGUCGCCCUCUCCCAAUCCCUCCACCCAAACCCAAACCGCUCCCAUCCAAGCAGCAGAAACAUCCUGCCAAGAGUGUGUGUCUCCUCAUUGAGAAGUUUGAAAACUCCAGGGCCCCAAUUCUGGGAGUCCAACCCAAAAGUGCCCUCCCGCUGCACCUGAGGAUGGAGACUCCAGUGCCUGAAAUCACAGAACAGCCUCAGUUUAAUGAGUCAGAGGUGAACGACUCUGGGAACACAUUCUCAGUGGAUGAAAUUGCACUUAAAAGGGAUAUGGACUUGCCUACUUUAGAAUUUUUAAGAAUAGACUGUGCCAAUGACGCAGGCAGUCAAGACAAACUUGACCAGGAGUGCCACAGUGGAGAUCUGGACAUUAACCACAGUGAUUCCGACGAUAACCACAGCAAUGCAGAGCAUACAGUUAAAGACCUAGAUCAUAACAAUAUUGACACAGGACAUGAUGUUGGAAGUUUAAUAGGCGGACCAUGUGCAGGACAGGUUAACAGUGUGACAGAAGCAAAUGGAAAGAUACCAAAUCGUGACAGCGGAAUAGACAGCCCGUCCUGCGGAGCCGAGGGAGAGGCAUUUCCAAAUGAGGUCCCCAUUGAAGAGGAAGAAAGGAAUGACAGCAUAGCCACAGAAACUGAGAGUGUAUCUUGUGUCACCACUAGCAAUAAGCGGGACUCAACACAGGAUGAAGAUAGCGACUUGGAUGAAGGGAGCAGCGAAGAACCAGAGAGCGUAGAAGUCAAAGGUUUGCAGUCUGAGUCUCAGAAGCUGUUCAAUAUCGCACAAGAACUCCUCCAUACAGAGGAAGCUUAUGUCAAGAGACUCAACCUGCUAGAUAAGGUGUUCUGUACUAAGUUGACAGACGCAGGGAUUCCUGUAGAUGUGAUUAACGGGAUCUUCUCAAACAUCUCCUCAAUCUACUGCUUCCACCAUCAGUUCCUGCUGCCAGAGCUACAGACACGAAUUACUCAAGAGUGGAACACAAAUCCACGUAUAGGUGAUAUCCUGCAGAAGUUAGCUCCGUUUAUGAAGAUGUAUGGGGAAUAUGUCAAAAACUUUGACCCCGCAAUGGACUUGGUCAACACAUGGACCCAGAGAUCAACCCAAUUCAAAAGCGUGGUUCAAAAUAUCCAGAAGCAGGAUGUAUGUGGUAACUUGACAUUGCAGCAUCACAUGUUGGAGCCGGUGCAACGUAUUCCUCGUUAUGAGCUCCUCCUCAAAGACUACCUGAAGAAAUUGCCCAGUGAUGCACCAGAUAGGAAAGAUGCAGAGAAGGCUCUGGAUUUGAUCUCCACAGCAGCUAACCAUUCUAAUGCUGCUAUUAAAAAGAUGGAGAAGAUGAAUAAGCUGCUGGAGGUGUAUGAACGAUUGGGUGGGGAGGACGACAUCGUUAAUCCAGCUAAUGAACUUAUUAAAGAGGGUCAUAUAAAGAAGAUGUCUGCUAAAAAUGGCACAGCCCAAGACAGAUACCUCUACCUGUUCAAUAACAGGUUGCUGUAUUGUGUGCCUAAGUUGCGACUGAUGGGACAGAAGUUUAGCGUCAGAGAGAGAAUUGACAUAGCAGGCAUGGAGGUUCAGGAGAAUGUAAAGCAGAACCUGGCUCACGCUUUUGCCAUCAUCGGCAAGCAGCGGUCUCUUGAACUGCAGGCCAGAAAUGCUGAAGAAAAGCAGGAAUGGAUCCAGGUAAUCUUGGCCACAAUAGAUAAGCAAAAACAGAAAAGUGAGACAUUUAAUAAAGCCUUCAUUAGCUCCUUGUCCCGUGAUGAUGAACACACACCUGACUCACCGAGUUCAUGGACUAAUACGUCUGUAGAUUCAGAUGGAGGUGUGAAUGAAAGGAGGAGUUCAAAGAAACGAGAGAAGGAGAAGGAGACAUGUAAGGGGUGCAACGAAACUUUUCACUUCACCAAACGCAAGCACCACUGCAAGAACUGUGGCGCGGCUGUCUGUGGUAAAUGCUCAAAGGUGUCAGAGACCAAGAACAUCCGCCUGUGUAAGCAGUGUUUCGAGCUCCUGCAAGGGCCUGAUGGGACGCCAGGGGGCAAUGUUGAGCAGAAGAAAAAAACAAUGGUAGAGAAGCAGCUCUCCUUGACAGGUGAUAGUUGUGUACUAUGCAGUCAGCUCCUGGUUCAGGAGAAAGGAAAGAACUGGACCAAGACCUGGGUGGCCAUAACAAAAGCAGAACCACUAAUGCUUUACCUACAGACUGGCAACCAGGAUGUGCGUGGAGCCCGGAUGAUCUCUCUACCUGGUUAUGAUGUCAGCACAGUGUUAACACCUUCGGAGAAGUCAGAAGGAAAACAUGUGUUCAGGCUCAGCCACUCCCAGCAUGCACUGCUCUUCAGUGCCUCGGAUGCAGAAUUAAUGGACAAGUGGGUGGAGUGUCUGUCCCAUGCUGCAAAAGGGGUGGCUUUAGAGACGUCGCUAAGCGUGACAGAGCACCGUAAGAGCCAGUGAGAACAAGGCAUUGAAGCAACAGAACUUUGUCUUAUAGAACUUGUUACUUGAAUUCACAUUAUAAUCAGCACUUUUUUCUCUUUUUUUUUUUUUUAGUUUUUAGUUCCUCUUCACUUCUUAGUUGCUCCUUUCACAAAAGCACAGGAAGCAUUUGUACACAUACAUGCACUGUUCCAACUCCUCUGCCACUGUUGUGAUGGUGUGUGGCUGGUUCCUAAAUGCACUGUUUCCUUUUUUUCAAGAUUCCUUUUGUAUUAUAAUAGAUAAGGUUGUUGUGGAUUUUUAUUAAAUAUUAUAAGAUGAAUGUUUUAUGAUUUUGUUGCAGGUUCAUGUAAAUUGUUAUUACUUGUUUAGCAUUAACUCACAUACACUUUUGCUGAAGUACUGCCUCAGACACCGUUUUCUUCACUGUGUAUUAGUUUUCUUUUCGUCUUUGUCUGCACACGAUAUUCUGCUCCUGAACGACAUUGUGGCUUUGUAGCCUCUUUUGAGGUUCAGGCUUAUGAAAGAGGAACCUCCAUUUUAAGUAAAACGAAAAAAGGUGGCGGGCCACUGAAUUAUUCUGCUGUAAUAUCGUCUCAUUAGUAGUUUCUUUUCUCAACACACUCAUUUCCCAGCUCACUCAUUUCCUUUGUGUGCCGUUGUUAUUCUACAUGGCCCUUUUAAAUAAUCUAACAUACUUUCCCCAUUUCAGUACAUCUGCUGUAUUUGUACUGUCCUGGAAGUACUGUAAGACUUAGCUACCACCCACAAAUGAAACAAAGGACUCUUGUGAGUGUCUGAAGAUGGCUAACAAACAUGCUUGUAGUAUCCCAUAUUUAUAAUUUGUGCUUUUAAAAACCCUGCAAGCAUUUCUGCCUCCUGAACAUGGAUUUUAACCUACAGAACCGGGAUAAUUGUGAUCAUUUUUAAACCGUAAGUGUUCACAAAUGGAAUUGUGUCUACCAUAUCAUCAGAAUAAAAUAAUAUCCGGGUU